AAAAAUGAAGCUUCUGAAAAGAAAAAGGGCAAAAAGUGAAAGGUAUAUAAAGCAAAAACCAACAGCAAAGAUUCUCCUUAAUCAUCAUAAACACUUUCCUAAUGCUACAGUUUUCCUUAACUAUACAAAAUCUUGGUAGAGAAAAUCAAUGUCAACACCUCCAAGCAAGUCUAACAUGGCCAUUGCGUCCAUCUUUAUUAUUUUCCUUACACUUCAAUUUCUUAGCAUAACAGAAGCUCAAUCAAGCAUAUGCAGAAACUCUUGUGGUGAUCUCCCAAUUCAGUACCCUUUUGGCAUUGAUGAUGGCUGUGGCAGUCCAUAUUAUAGGCACAUUCUUGUAUGCACUGGUGGUCAGCUUCAACUUAGAACUCCUUCUGGUAGAUACCCUGUUAGAAAUUUAAGUUAUAUCGAUCCACAUAUUCUUGUGACCGACCCCUUAAUGUGGAACUGUCUAGAUGGUGAUAAUUUUCGACCGACUAGGCCGUUUAGCCUAGAUACUAGCACACAUUUCACUUUAUCCCAUGAAAAUGACUACUUGUUCUUCAAUUGUAGUGAAACUGAUGUGUUAGUUGAGCCAAAACCUAUGUUCUGCGAGCGUUUCCCUGAUCAGUGUGAUUCAACCUGUGAUAGUUCUAGUUAUCUUUGUAGGCACAUGCCUGAAUGUCCUUCUGCUUUGAGGAGUAGUUCUUGUUGUUCUUACUAUCCAAAAGCUACUGAAUCUUUGAGGCUGAUGUUGAAGCAUUGUGCAAGCUAUACUAGUGUCUAUUGGAGGAAUCUUGGUUCAACCCCCGCAUUUGAUCAGGCACCCGAGUAUGGGAUCAGAGUUGAUUUUGACAUUCCUGUGACUACGCGAUGUCUGCAGUGUCAAGAUAUUGCUAAGGGAGGGGGAACUUGUGGCUUUGAUGCAGAAACACAGGAUUUCUUGUGCCUGUGUGACCAAGGGAACAGUACAACUUACUGUAAUGAUCAUACGGGCUCUCACAGAAGAGGAGUUGUUGCAGGGACAGCAACUGCAGUUUCAGUAGCCGGGGCAUUUGGAAUAGGAGCUGGUGUAUGGUACUUGAGGAAACUGAGAGCAAAAGCACCAGUAACUCAUGGAGUUCAAACCAAUGAGAAUAGACUCUUCUGAGAUCUUCUUUUGAAGUAAAAAAAUUGCUCCAUUUCUUCCUUUACUUUUUCACUUCUCUUUUACCAUUUUCCCCUUCUCCCUUUCAAUAUUUUAUAUAGCUUAUUCACUUUAAUCGGUUCUGUUUGUAAGUUUUAAGGAACCAACUUUUGGUCUUAGCAUGUUUGACAUUGCUUGUAUGUGGAGUAAGGAAUGUAUUAGAGAAUCUCUGCACCUUGUGAGGCCAUUUUUGUUUUACUUUUUUUUUUAACUCCAUUUACUGUGUGUAUCGAAUUCGAGUCUAGUUUUGAGCACCAGUCAAGUUGGUUGAUUCUGUAGUCUAUCUAUUUGAAUAUCUGUGGUUG